GCACGAAAUGAAGAAAAGGCACAGUCUAUGUUGUAUCGGUUUCGAGAAGCCCAGAGAAUUGAGGCUGGAGGAAGCAGUGGCAAUGAGAAGCGGCCAUACUUGGCAUCCACAGUCAAGUCCCUCAAAGAAGCUGAGAAAUGGCGUCGGGACGUCAUUCGAGAGAUUUCUAAAAAGAUUGAGCACAUCAAGGACUCUGGACUGACGGACUUUCAGGUUCGUGAUCUAAAUGACGAGAUCAAUAAGCGCAUGAGAGAGCGACGGCAUUGGGAAGUUCAGAUUAGGGAAUUGGGUGGAACAGACUAUAUUCGACGAGGUAGAAAUGUGUUGGAUCUAGAGGGAAAAUCUGUCCCAGGGACAAAAGGAUACAGAUACUAUGGCAGAGCUACCGAACUUCCUGGGAUAAAAGAAUUGUUUCAGCAAGCAGCUCUGGACAGCACAAAAGUUGCGCCAGAAGACAUGUGGCAUCGUGUAGAUUCUGAUUACUAUGGAUAUAGAGAUGAAGACAAUGGUCGCCUUGUUGCUUUUGAGCAAGAAGAGGAACUUGAAAGUAUGUGA